AUGGAGUCCCGCACAGGCCGCUCCAAGCAGAGAUACAGCGAGUCCGGGGAUAGACUAGUAGCAGGCGUAGUACCUUUGAACGAAGCCAAAACCCACGUCCUCUUGAUCCAGUCCACUCGAAGACACGGCUGGGUCCUUCCCAAGGGCGGAUGGGAGUCUGAUGAGAGUUGCACUGAGGCUGCACAGCGGGAGGCAUGGGAAGAGGCAGGAAUUGUUUGCAACGUCGACUAUGAUCUCGGCACAAUCAGAGAUACUCGAGCUCCCAAGCACAUGUCCAAAGACGCCCCCAAGUCUCUAUACCAGUUCUACGAGGUCACGGUCACAAGGGAGGAGGCAGAUUGGCCGGAGAAGCAUAAGAGGACUCGACAGUGGGCAAACUUUGCGGAAGCUUCAGAAGCUCUCAAACACCGUCCGGAACUCCUUGAAGCUCUCAAGCGGUCAACCAUUCAGCGGUAG